GCGUCCCAGGCAAGCCCCGCCCCCGCCCAGGUGUGGCCCUGCCCCCGCUGCACCUUCCUGAACCGAGGCCACGCCCCCAAGUGCGAAAUGUGCGGCUCUGACCACGCCCCCUUUGAUGACGUCACUUCCGGAGUCGCCCCACCCACCCUCAGUGGUGUUUCUGCCACUUCCGGGUUUGGGGCGGCCACUUCCGGUUCUAGCCCCGCCUCUUCCGGUGAAACAACAACUGCUGGUAUGGACAAAGCAACUUCCGGUUCUGAGAAUUCUACUUCCGGGUGUGCUGAUGUCACUUCCGGUGCUGACAAAGCCCCGCCCAGCGUUGCAAAACGCACUUCCGGUGUGGGGAAUGCCACUUCCGGCGUCGGGAAUUCUACUUCCGGUGUCGGCCAUGACACUUCUGGUGUUGAAAAUCCCACUGCUGGGGUGGGCAAUUCCACUUCCGGGUGUGGUGAGGUCACUUCCGGGGGUGGCCCCGCCCCUUCCCGUGAUGCUUUGCGGCAGAGGAAGCUGCUGGAGGACGGGCGCCGCCUGGUGGAGCUCGUGAGGGCCGCCGAAUCCCAAGGCCUCCCCCCAGAAUCCCUCGGCCCCGCCCCCUUUUCCCAACUUCCGGAACCUUCCGGCCCCGCCCCCAGCCCCGAAUCCCAAAUCCGGCACUUCCGGAGCCGCCUCGGGGGGGUCCUCAAGGCCCUCCUGGGGGCGGAGCCUGACGGAAAAGAGGGCGGGGCCUCCCUGGGGCCGUUCUCAUUGGACGAAGCAGCCUGGGCGUGGCUGGAGGGGGAGGGGCAGCCGGACCGCGCGCGCCGCGCUCUGAUUGGUCGGAGGAAGCAGCAGCUCCGCCUCCUGGCCAGCCUCGGUUUCCCCGACCCCGCCCCCGCGGCGGCGGCGCUGCAGCGGCAGCGGGGCAGCCACUGGGGGGCGCUGUGCGAGCUGCAGCGGCUCAGGCUCCGCCCCUUCCGCUUACGUCAGCAGCAGGGGGCGGAGCCAGGGCUGGACUUCAAUCAGCCCGACCAGCAGGCCCUCGUCCGUCAGAUCUUGGCCACUUUCCCCGUGGCCAGCUGGGGCCGGGCUUUACUGGUGGCCAGUUUGGGCCGGGAACUGGGCCUGGGGCUGCUGGAGGCUCCCAGUAAGGAGCCCUUACUGGUUGAACUGGUGGAGGCCGUGGGGUCCUGCCCGGACAGGGCUGCCCUGCGCAGGCGCCUGCGCUGCGAGUGCGCCGUCUGCGGCUGGGGGCUGCCCCGGCAACUG